AUGGCCAACAAUGGCGUCAAGGUCACCUACAUCGAGACGCAAUUCGUCACCUCCGACGCCGCGGGCUUCAAGUCCCUCGUGCAGCGCCUCACCGGCAAGUCCGCUGAAACCGGAGCCGAAGCCGGAGCAGCACCUCCGCUCCACCGACCGCGCCCCAGCCGCCCAGCCGCCGAGAGGAGGAACGCUGUCGCCGGAGCACGAAGCCAUUUCAUGCCCGCCACCGCGGGCGCGGUCGGUACAGCCGGGAACGACGUGCGGGCUGCCAACGCCAACGCCAACGCCAACGCCGGCGCCGCGCAGCCGUGUCCGGAUGAGCUGUACGGGUUCUGCGAUUACUCAGAGCUGUUCUCCGCGGGCGAACGGCGCCAUGGCGGCGGUUACAGUGAUUUCCUCUAUUGA